AUGUCCAACCCAGGCAACCACCCAGACACCCCCAACAUCCCCACCUCCUCCGCCGUCCUCCGCAUCCAAAGCUCCAUCCUCAUCGACGCGCCCAUCCAAGAUGUCUGGAAUGCACUCACAGACACAUCAACCUACCCAAAGUGGAACCGGUUCGUGCCACGGGUGACAGUGCGCAAGCAGCCGGAGGAGGACUCGAAUACCGACGAUGCGGUCCUAAGAAACGGGACAAAAUUCACCUUCCACGUUAACAUGUACCCGGAGAAAAGUGACUCCCCGGAGCCUGAUGCAUCUGGGUUACAGGAUACAUUUCUCCAGGUUAUUGAAAUCGAAACGCCAACGACGACGACAACAACAAAGACUGGCAGUGCAGGUAAAGGGGGCAGGAUUGUCUGGGCGAGUGAUCCCGAUGCCGGCGGGCUGGUUUCCUCGCUUCUCACUGCUGAGCGCGUGCAUGAGGUUUCUGAGGUUGAGGAUGGAAAUGGCAAGAUGGUGACGGAGGUGCGCAAUUGGGAGAGCCAGGUGGGGUAUCUUGCUUAUGCAGUGAAGUGGAUGUUUGAGGGGCGGUUGAGGGGGAAUUUCAGGGCUUGGGAGGAGGGGUUGAAGGGGUUUGUGGAGAGUGAGGCGAGGAAUGUCGGGAAAUAG